AUUUGGAGCACACUUGGUCCUGUCUAAUUAUACCUCAGUCUCACAGAUAUUGUCAGAUGGUAAAAAUAAUUCAGUUGUUCAUGUUCUUCCGAAAGCUACACUUAAACUUGGCAACACUCUCACAGUUCCUUGUUUUGUGUAUUCCAAAGGUAUUCUGGAACCUGCCUCUGGGACUACUAUUUAUAUUGAAGAAUGGUUGUACAUCUUAGGAAACAUUACAUUCAGUAAUGAUGAAAGUGUCAUUGUCAAUGGAAACCUUACCAUGGAGAUCCAAAACUUUACAACAGUUGACCUGAACAUAGGAUCAACUGGUAUAAUGACUAUGAUCCCAUUAACAGGUGGUAGCAUUUUCCCAUUAGACACAGAGAAGUUCAGUGUGUCUGGUACCUUCAAAUGUGACAUUAUCAACAUUACCAGUAUACAAGAAUUUACAGUUGGAGCAAAUGGUGUGGUAGAUAUGAUACCAGUCACAACAAAUAUGUAUAUGGGUAAAAAAAUUCUUAUAUUAGGAUCUGUCAAUCUUCACCAUGAAAUAUCUAUUGUACACCCAUGUGAGUCAUUUCAGAUAACUGGUUCUAAAUCCAGACUGGUAUGGGAUAAAGAGGCAAAUAUAACACUUGAAUGUUUAUACGUAUAUAUUAAUGGAUUUUUCAAGCCAGGGACCAUUACUUUUGGGGCAGGAGCAGAAACUCUCAAGAUAGGUUACUAUGGAGAUUUUGAAUUUACAGCAGAUGGUCCUAUAUUGACAAACUCAUUCUGGGCAGACGGUACAACAAAGAUAAACAAUGUUGCAGAAUUUAAGUCUUUGAACAGAUCUGAUCUGAGAAUAGAAGUAUUUGUAGUAGAUGAAAGUGGAUACCUGUACCUGAAUGAUGAGUCAUUGCCAAAAAUUGUCAGUGGUGCUGAGGUUGCUACAACUUACAACAAAAUCAGAGCCAGAUACUUAGUUGUUAAUGGAAACUUGAAUGCUAAGCUACUGAGUACUGAUCCUGGAGUAGACAAAGUCACAGUCGGUAGUGAAGGAACUUUUCUGUUCACUCCUUACGAUGAAUUUUUAGUACAUGAAAUUGAGGUUAAUGGAAUGAUGAAGUCUUAUACACCAGUUAUUUUCAGAGGUCAGAGACUUGCCAAGGUUGAGACUUUGACAAUUGGUGAAAGUGGAACAUUGGUACUAGACAACAAUGCCCAGGCUACCAAAUCAUGGAGUGGAGUAUCUGAGAUGCCAUUCCAUUAUGUGUAUGUUAAUGGUCAUCUUAAAGCUGGAAAAAUAUUAAACAGAUACAUUAAUGAAACUGACGAGGGAUGGAAUUACAUGUAUAUUCAUAAUAGUUCAUCCAUCUUUGAGUUUGAAACAGAAUUUCCUUUUUUGAUUGAGACUGCAGAUAUCAAUGGAACUUUUACAUCAUAUAAACCAGUUGCCAUGAGAGCACCGUCAUCAUCAAGCAAACGAUUAGCUAUUUUUAUUGGUUUGGAAGGUCACAUGACUUUGGAUUCUGAUUCCUCACAUCCUAUUGGUCCAUUUGCAUCAAACUCAUCUAUAUAUGCAGAAAAUUUAGUAAUGGACACAGGAAGUUUGUUGGAGGCUGCUGAUACACACUUUGACAUAGAUACAGUAAAAAUAAGUGGUACUAUGACUGCUCAGCCCAAAUCAAAAGUGGAAAUACGAUCAUUUAGUGUAAUAAAUACUGGAAAGGUCAAUAUCACAACACCAAUCAUUUUAGAAAGUCUUACAGUCAGUGUUGCUGGAAUGCUGGAUAUAGAUUUCAGAAGAAUGCCAAAUAAUACCAAUUUAGGAAAUACAGCUUCUUACAUGCUUGUUACAGACAACAUUGUAAUCAGUGGUACAUUACAGGCAGGAUCACUGUAUAUUGAAACAAACAAAAUGACUGUGUCAGGGACUUUAGAUGUAUCGGGAGGUGGUUAUCUAAAUAGUAAGGGAACAGGAGGUGGAUCAGGCUACUCCUCUGGAGCAAGUGGAGGCAGUUAUGGAGCCAGAGGAGGUAGAGGAAGUGUUGCCAAUGCUGCAAUGCCCUAUGGUAGUAUCUUCACAGUAGGAACCUGGGGCAGUGGUGGAGGUAGGGCUGGCAGUACCCUAGGUGGGCGUGGUGGUGGAAAGUUUCAUGCAGAGGUUACCACACAGUUUACACUAACAGGAACCAUGAGAACCAAUGGGGAUGAUGCAGUUGUUACAAAUGCAGGAGGUGGGUCUGGUGGCUCUCUAUAUGUUCAGUGUGCCACCCUAUCCAUGUCUGGUUAUAUAUACUGUAAUGGUGGAAGUGGCUUAGGAAAUGGUGGAGGUGGAUCAGGUGGCCGUAUUAACUUCUUCUUUAAUCACGGAACAUUUGAAAGUGGACAUGUCAUUUCUAAAGGUGGUUCUGGAUAUGAACCUGGAGGUCCUGGAAUUAUGUAUUUCCAUGGAAAGACGAGCAGAAAUCUCCGUGUUGACAACAAAUGCCAAAAACCUAUGGUGACAGAACCUUCAGGAACUACAGCCGAUAUAAGCCAUUUCAACACUUACAAAUCAACUGGAGCUGUAGCUUUUCUUUUACCUACCAGUGAUGGUUUUGUCUAUGAUUUUACCAUGGUGGAAAUCUACGGUGGAGCCCACUUAACUGUGGAUGGAACCAAUAUCCACAUAAAAUCUGUCAAAGUUGUUGGUGAUGAUACAGGACAUUUACAUAUUCCUCCUCAUCAUACACUGGAACUAAUUGAGUCCACAAGAUACCGCAGAGCAAAUGUGACCUACCAUCCAUUUAUAUACAAAGAUUCAACAUGGAUCCUUCCUGAAGCUACUGUGGAAUUCAGACAGUCUUUGGAUGAACAAGGCAAAGGCAUGAGUUCAUAUGCUUGUGCAUCUAGUUACUUAAACAGUAAUACUGUUAAAAUCUGGGGUACAGUUGUUGGAGAUUUAGCUCAUCUUCUUGUGUCCACAGGAGCUACACUAGAGUUUGAAGAAUCGUCCAAUAGAAAUUUAACGUUCUCAAACUUUACUGUACAGAAUGGAGGCAAAUUAGAACUGACCAGUGUGUUUGGAGAUGAGACUGAUGUUUAUCACUUACAGGUACAAAAAAGUGGACACACAGGUAUUGUGACUGUACAAGGAAAUGGCCAGUUUAAUGUUGGAAAUCUGGACCUACUGACAGAUAUAUUGAAUAUUCAUAGUGCUGGAACAUUCUCUGCCUCUGGUUAUGGUUACACGGCUGGUAAAGGAGCAGGAAGGAGUUCUGCUGGAGGAGGCUAUGGUGGAAGGGGUGGAGCUAAUUCCGCAUCAGGAUCUUUACCUGGAAAGGAAUAUGGAUCAUUAUAUGGACCAUGUUAUUUUGGUAGUGGUGGUUUUGGUGCUAGCAAGUCCUAUGGUUCAGGAGGAGGAAUGAUGGUGAUAACUACAACACAGAGACUGAUUGUAGAAGGAACAUUAAAAUCAGAUGGUCGGACUGGUUCUACCAAUACUGCAGCUGGUGGCAGUGGUGGCUGUAUCUAUAUUACCACUGAUUCUAUAGAGGGGAAAGGUACAUUACAGGUAAAUGGAGGGAAUGGUGUGAGUUUAGGAGCCGGAGGAGGAGGCAGGAUGAUGAUUUAUUAUAAAGAUACUCAGUUUUGGCAAGGAAAAUGGACAGCUUAUGGUGGACUAACAGGCUCCAGUCCAGGAGGGGCUGGAACUAUAUACCUACAGGAUACUAUAACAGAUGUUAUAAACAGGACAUUGAUUCUAGAUAACAAUGGUCAGUCUGUCAUCCAAAGUGAGAUCUCAACUUAUACACUAUCUGGGUAUGAGGCUGAUCCAGGUAGAACAUGGAUAUCUGAUAACAAUACCAAAGACUUUGAAAACUUGAGGAUCCAGGGAAAAGCUAACUUGGCAUUACAUCCUUCUCUUACAUAUCCUUUCCAACUUAAAUCAUUGAAGUUUGAGGGAGAUAAAACUGGUGUACUGCAUGUAGGACCUGGUCAGACAGUUGUUGUACAACAUCCAGAUGACUUGGAGUUUCUGGUUAAUGUAUAUGUCUAUCAUGGAGGUACCCUCAUAUUGCCAACUGCAUUUGACUGUUAUGGCAUAGAUUUUGUCAUUUGGGGCUCACUGGGUGUUGUAGACAUGACUAUUGGAAAUGCAUGUGACCUUCACCUUGGUUCUACAGGAAAUACCCAGGGUAUAUCAACAGUCAGUCCGACAGGAAUAUUUGACUUUAAUACACUGACUGUUAAAGCUGGAGGUGAAGUGACUGUUACCCAUGAUUUGACAGAUGGCACAAGUAGCAUGGCUAUUACAGCUAAUAAACUAUGGGUGCAAGGAGGAGGCCAUGUCCAUGCAGUGCAUGUGGAUAUUACAGCUGAUACUCUGAUUGUAGAUGACCUGGGACAGAUCAUUGGAGAUGUACAUAAUGUGGCCUGUAGCAAAGGAGAUGGUUAUAGUUCCUCCACUGGAGGUUCAGGUGCUGGACAUGGAGGUAGAGGUGGACGUGGCUCAGGACAGUUUCAAACAGGUGCCCCUUAUGGACAGGUAUUUGAUGCUGUAGACAGAGGUUGUAAAGGAGGAGAUAAUGGUAAUUCCAACACAGGAGGCAGAGGAGGAGGAGUUAUCACUCUGAAAGUGACUACUACAUUACAAAAUGAUGGACAGAUUAGUGUUAACGGGGAGAAUGGAAGAUCAAGUAAUGCUGGUGGUGGCAGUGGUGGCUCCAUCAAUAUUGACAUCAAUAACAUUAAGGGUUAUGGAGAGUUCCAAUCUAUUGGAGGUAAUGGCAAUGGCAAUGGAGGGGCUGGAUCUGGAGGCAGGAUAUCUAUGGAAUUCUCACAGAACAAGACUUUCACUGGACAGUUUGAUACCUAUGGUGGUCUGGGACAAAAUAAUGGUAGUCCUGGAACAUCCUUCUUCCAUCAUAAAGUAUAUGAUCACACAACCCUAUUGCUGAACAAUUUAAACAGGGGACCAGAUGGUGAUACAAAUACAAUAGAGGAUUAUUUGAACCUUGAUUCUGAUCAGCUUAAAGCAUGGUUCUUACCUGAACAUGGCAAACAUACAUUUGCAGGGUCAAACUCUAAGUACCAUUUUGAUGAGCUUCAGAUUUAUGGAAAGGCUCAGUUAGCAGUACUAACAGAUCCAGUAGAAAGUGAUGCUACAAUUUAUUUUGAGAACAUGAUUGGAGAUAGAUCUGGAGCCAUACAUAUAGGAAAAGGACAAGUAAUGGAUCUGGAGAGACAGAAAAUAGAUCUCCCGUUCAGUGUCCAUGUAUAUGAUGGUGGUUACCUUGGUUUGGCUCCAGACACUUUCAUACAUGGUGUGGAUAUCUUCUUAAAUGGAACUUUGGCCAAUGUUGAAAACCUGACCUUACAUCAUGAAGGAAAACUCUGGUUGAAUAUUGAUGGACGAACUAAAGGACUGGAUGCUAGUACCUACAGUUUUCAGUUUGUACAUGUUAAAAAUGCAGGAUAUCUUCACAUGAUCAGUGAUCCAGUUUCUGAACCCAGCAUAUCUUUUUCCACAGUUGCCCUUAAUAUUGAUGGUGGUGGAUUGGUACGUGGAACUUAUGUCUAUUUUCACUCAGAAAACAUUACAAUUGAUUCAGGUGGUACUCUCACCAGUGAUGGAUUGGGUUAUGAACAAGCAGACGGACAGAGAACAGAUUCUUCUGGAAAUCCAAGGAAGGGAUUACAUGGUGUCAUCAAUCCUGGACUGGGUCUGACUGGUAACCUUGGUGCAUCAGGAGCUGGCCAUGGAGGAAGUGGAGGAAGAGGAUAUUAUAAUAAUGAAGGAGGAGAACCCUAUGGAGAUUUAUAUGAACCCACAUUAUUUGGCAGUUCUGGUGGAGGCCGUAUUGGUGGAGCUGGCGGUGGUAGACUAUGGUUAAAUGUUACUAAUACUAUAAUGAUUGAUGGAACUCUCACAGCCAGUGGAGAGAAUGGACAGACUAAAUACAAUUACAAUUCAAUAGCAAGCACUGGUUGGGUAAUAGACUACCCUUCGGGUGGUGGUAGUGGAGGGAGUAUAUGGCUCCAUUGCCACAGGAUAACUGGGUAUGGAACAAUACUGGCACGUGGUGGAAAUGGGACUCUGGGCACCUAUAGGCACACUGGUACUGAUGGCAAUGGCCACACAACUUAUCCAUCAACAUCUUACGGAGCAGGUGGUGGAGCUGGUGGAAGGAUUGCAAUGUACUUUAAGAAAAAUGAUACAUUCAGCGAGUUCCGAUAUCUCGCCAAUGGUGGGUGGCCAGGGUUAGAGAAUGCUGAGGUUGGAGGACCAGGGACUGUCUACUUGUAUCACACUAUUGAGGACCACAGAACUUUGAUUAUUGACAACAAUGGGGCUCCUGAACCAUUAAAUCAGUAUGUCAACUGGAAUGAUGUAACAAAGGAUGGUGGACGUGCCUGGAUUCUGCCACAGUCUGGUAUACAUGAUUUUGCAGCCGGUGCUUAUAUCUUCAAGUUUGAGGAAAUUCAAAUAUAUGGCAAUGGCCACCUUGCUGUGUUGAAUCCUUCUGAAAUUAGUGUGAUUGAUGCCGCAGUGUCUGGAUCUGUUAGCAAUAUUAAUGUUACUAUUGAUUUCAAAUAUAUGAUUGGUGACAGGAGUGGCACAGUACAUGUUGCAGACAAACAAGUGAUGGAUUUAAUUAGGGAAGAAAUAGACUUGCCAUUUAAUUGCUACGUCUAUUUUGAUGGAUUUCUAGGCCUUGCACCCAUGACAUAUGUCCAUGGAGUUGAAAUACAUUUGGCAGGUGUUUUAGCAAAUAUCGAAAACAUAACUAUUCACCAUGGUGGAUAUUUAUGGUUACAAAAUGGUGGUAGAACACAGGGAAACCCUCACAGUCACUAUACAUUUGAUUACAUUCUAGUCCAAGAUGAAGGAAAGAUUGAUUGCACAACAGAUGCAGUGACAGACAUUGGAAUUUACUUCCAUCUGAAAGCUGUAACUGUUGAAGGUGGUGGAAUAAUACAUGGAACUCAUAUGACAUAUAAUGUGGCAAAUGUCACUGUUGAUGCUGGAGGUUUCAUUACAACAGAAGGGAAAGGUUAUAUACCAUCACAUAGUAAUACCACACACUUUAGUACUUCAGUUCAUGGACAUGUCAACCCUGGAAAGGCCCUUAGUACCUAUGGUGGUGGGGGCCAUGGUGGGAGUGGUGGUGAAGGAUAUAACUCUCAGAGGGCAGGGUUUGCCUAUGGUAAUAUCUAUGAACCAAUUAAAUUAGGAAGUUCUGCUGGGUCUGGAGGUUCAGGAGGAGGUGUCAUUUGGAUGAAUGUGACACAUACAGUACAUAUUGAUGGAGAGGUCAACUCUGAAGGUGGUGAUGGCACUGCUGGAGGAAGUGGAGGUAGUGUCUGGAUGUUCUGUGAACUUAUUAAAGGUUAUGGUAAAAUAACUGCUCAUGGUGGAAAUGCCACACAUGUAAAAGGUGGUGGUGGAGCUGGUGGCAGAGUGGCAGUCUAUUUCAACAGAAAUGAAACUAUGACAUCUUUCAGAUUCCAGGCUAUUGGAGGCAAGGGUGGGUCCUCUGCUGAAAAUGGUGGCGCUGGUACAGUGUUUGUCUAUCACAUGCUUGAGGAUCAUAAAACUCUGAUUAUUGACAAUGGAGGUCACCAGCCAAAGGACAAAUUCAAUGUUAUUGAUGAUUAUUCUGAUUUGUCUUCUGAUAGUUGUAGAACAUGGAUUUUACCCAUCUCUGGUAAUCAUUUCUUUGCAGGAGGUGGCUACAAAUAUCACUUUAAUGAAUUCCAAAUGUAUGGGGCAGCCCAUUUGGCUUUCUUGCCUGAACCACUUGAUCAUGAAGUUGAUGUCUUUUUCUUGUACAUGAUAGGGGACCGAUCUGGAACUGUUCAUUUAGGCAACAACCAAAUUAUGGAUCUUAAAAGAGAAGAAAUUGAUCUGCCAUUCAGUGUCAGGGCAUAUGCUGGGUCUUACUUAGGUUUAGCUCCUAUGACAAUUGUACAUGGUGUCAGUAUCUGGAUGCAUGGAGAACUUGCCAAUAUAGAGAACAUAACCUUACAUCACAAUGGACUCCUGUCAUUGGAAAGUGGAGGGUUUACUAAAGAUUUAGAUGCAGAUCAUUUCCAGUUUAACUGGGUCAGAGUUCAAGAAAAUGCCACCAUCACAUCUUUGACUGAUCCUGUGACAGAAUCUGGAAUUAAUUUCCUUGUUAAUUUCAGCAUGUAUGUUGAAGGAGGAGGCUCAUUUGUUGCCACUAAUGCUUCAAUUCAGGCAAUUAAUAUCACUAUAGACGAUGGGGGUGCAUUACAUGGAGACAGUUUGGGAUAUAGAUCUACUGAUACACAAGCAGAAGACAUAAACAUCGGUAAAGGAAUAACUCACACUUCAGGAUCAUCUGGAGCUGGUCAUGGUGGUACAAGUGGUCGAGGUGCAGGAACAACACUGACUGGACAACCAUAUGGACAUCUAUAUCAGCCAUUUAUACAUGGUAGUGCUGGUGGUGGAGAUGGUGGCCAAGGUGGUGGCAUGCUGUGGCUAAAUGCCACCAAUAUGAUAGAGAUUGAUGGACGUUUGAGUGCUAAUGGUGGUGAUGCUAGGGCAGCAAGUGGUGGUGGUGGCUCUGGUGGCAGUGUUUGGAUUUACUGCAGAGUUUUUAGAGGUCUAGGAACUAUUGCUGUAAAUGGUGGCAGUCAAUAUUCUGGAGGUUCUGGUGGAGGUGGAGCAGGAGGGAGGAUUGCUGUGUACCUGUGGACAAACAAUACUUACCUCGGAGACUACGAGUCCCAUGGUGGAAGUGUUAAUGUGGCUAUCUCUCCCAAUUCUCAACCUGGUGGUCCAGGAACAGUACUUCUUUAUCACCAGGAACAUGAUCAUGAAACACUGUAUAUUAAUAAUGAUGGCCUGGAAAGUGAUGUAGGAAUGAUAAAAGAUUACACAGACCUUAGUGAGGAUAGCUUCAAGGCUUGGAUUCUACCUAAUGCUGGACAGCAUUGGUUGGCUAAUGAAAACUAUGAUUUCCAGUUUGAAGAGUUACAAAUAUAUGGCAAUGCACACUUGGCAUUGCUUCCUGAACCAUUUGAAAAAGGCGUAAGCCUACAUUUCCAACACAUGAUUGGAGAUCGUUCUGGCUUUGUACAUGUUGGUAAUCAUCAGGUAAUGGAUCUCCGAAGAAAAUUCAUUGAUACUCCUUUCAAUACAUAUGUCUAUGAUGGAGGCUAUCUUGGUCUGGCUCCAGACACAAACUUAGAACGAGUGUUUGUCCGAUUGGAAGGAACAAUGGAUCAUGUGAUCAACAUGACACUCAUUGAUGGUGGUUCAUUACGCCUUCAUCUGACAGGAUCCACAAACAGUCGUGAGAGACUUAACUAUCACAUCAAUGGCACAACAGUUAUAAAGGCCAAGUCAUACAUCAACUGUUCUAACCCCAAAGCACAUGAUGACCAGUACCAACUUGUGUUUAACCAUUUACGUGUAGAAGGAGGUGGAGCUAUUAAUGGAUCCUUCAUGAGAAUACAGGCCUCAGAUAUGUUUGUUGAUGAUGGAGGAAUUGUUAGUGUCAACAAUGGUGGUCACUCUCCUGAUCAAGGACCAGGAGUUGGACAGUGGCAUAGGUAUGGGGCAAGUGGUGCCUCCCAUGGUGGUACUGGUGGCCAAGGAGCAUGUAGCAACCACCUAGCAUGUAAACUGUCUCGUAGGAAAGCCUAUGGAGACCUAAAACAACCCUUGGAGUUUGGAAGUGGUGGUUCAGGUGCUAGAGGAGGAUCAGGUGGAGGUCGACUUGAAAUAGAAGUAAAUCAUACAUUAACAGUAGAUGGCUAUGUAAUGGCCAACAGUGAGGAUGUACUAUCUGUGUCUUCAUGGUCUGGUGCCAGUGGAGGGAGUGCAGGAAGUAUACUCAUCAACACUGUCAACUUUACAGGAAGUCAUACAGGACACAUUCAAGCUCUAGGAGGUGUGGCUGACACUAGUAUUGGUGGUGGUGGAGCAGGAGGGAGGAUUGCCUUAUACCAGAAUUCCCACCACACCAUUCCCCCUUACAGAGGAUUCUUUGAUACCUAUGGUGGCAGAGGAAAUUCCAACAAAGGAUCAGAAGCUGGUGCGUCUGGUACAGUCUUCAUCCAGAACACAGAAACAAGCUACUCAAAGCUUCUUGUAGAUAAUCAUAACCAGCUUCCAAGAGAUGAACAUUCCGCACUGUUGAACGAGGGAUAUAGAGCAGAUUUCACUAUCUCAGAGUCAAGUUACUCACAAACAAGCCUUUACACAUCUACCAAAGGACACAAGAUCACAUCUACAUCCAAUACCUAUGUAUAUAGAUAUCCCUAUUGUUUUACUGGAAACUACUACCUCAUGUACUUGUUUGACCAGACACUAGCCAGUAAUAGUGGACAGAUUUAUGUAGCCUCGUCAGGCUCAGCUACCAUAACAGUAGAACUGGAAGCUGAAGCCUUUGUCACAAAGCUAAAGAUAUAUCCUACAGCUACUUUCCCAUCAAGAUUUAAGGUUAUAGGAUAUAAUGGAGCCACUUCUUUUGUUGUAACCACUAACUAUGUAGAGCCACGUAGCCCCAUCAUCCAAGGAUCUUACUUAGAAUUACCAGUUAUGCAGACAGCUACAAAAUUCCAGUUCCUUGUCCAGUCUACUCACUCCUCAUCAUCAAGUUGUAACUACAGAGCUUCUCUUACAGAAAUUGAAAUCUUUGCUGAUGCGGAAAAUGUUUUUGAUAGAUACAAAUAUACUGACCUUGAUGGAGCCACCACAUGGAUCUUUGCUAAGACAGACAAUGAACAGUUUGAUUUUAAUGAAAUAACAGUACAAGGAGGAGGACAUUUAGCCUUUAAUUCUUCUGUUAGUCUGACAUCACCUAUAGAUAUAAAUGUAGGAACAUUUGAAGGAGAUAGAACAGGUUAUAUCCACAUUGGAUACAAUCAAGAGCUCGCCAUCAAUUACACAAAUGCAGAUAUUCCUUUCAAUACACAUGUGUAUGAAAAAGGCAAAGCCACCUAUCCUCCGAGGCCAUUCUUCUACAGGACACACCUAUAUACAUCAGGAGAGAUCCAGGGAAUAGAAGAUCUGUAUGUAUUUGAUGGAGGCAGUGUGACUGUGGACACUAAUGGUAGUAUAGGUAUGACAACACCAGCCAGGGUGUCACUGAAAUCAUUACAUGUGCAAGACAAGGGUACAUUCCAGAUGGAUUCCUACACCAAAGAUAGCAUGUUUGUUAUGGAUUCUACAAAUGUCACAAUUUAUGGAGGGGGACAUUUCAAGGUCAACACUGGACUUAACAUGACAACUCACCAUUUAAUGGCCAUUUUCUCUGGAGGACUGAUUGAUUUAGAUGGUCAAGGUCUUUCACAGCCAGAAGAUGUUGGACCGGGAUAUGGAACUGGAUCUCUCACUGGAGGAAGUGGUGGUGGUCAUGGUGGCAGUGGUGGGCGUGGUAUUGAUGCUUAUACUGUAGGACAAGGAUAUGAUUCAAUUUACUCACCAGUUAAAUAUGGUAGCCCAGGAGGAUAUGGCACUUAUAGAGAUUCUCUCUACUUUGGUGACAGUACUCAUCGUAAUACGUUGGUGCGUGGCCAUAUUGGUGGUGUGAGUGGUGGCAGGAUUCACAUGACAGGAAGACACGUUGAUAUUGAUGGGGAGAUAACUGUUGAUGGCCAACCACCGGAGAAUCAACUAGGAGCUAAUGCUGGAGGAGGAUCUGGAGGCAGUGUAUGGAUUGUUUGUGAUGAGGUUGUUGGCCACGGUCUCAUUACAGCAAAUGGAGGGAACGGUAAAGGACAAGGAGGAGGAGGUAGUGGUGGGAGGAUCUCUAUACAGUCUGCCAAUACCAACAAACUCAAUAUUACACUUAAAGCAUAUGGAGGUAUCAGCAACUUUGAAAGUGGUGGUGCAGGAACAAAAUAUGAAGAAUUGUUCAAUGCUACAAAUAAAAUGCCGAUUAACAAAAAGCUUACAGUUGACAACAAUGGUCAUGCCUACCCAAGAGCAGCUAAUAUCCAACAUGGAGACCGCCGUAACUUAUUGAAUGGUGUGUAUGAUGAUAUCAGCCAAUCAGGUGGUAUAACCUGGCUGUACCAUGAUGACCCUCAGUAUAAAUUUGAUACUGUUGUGUUACAGGGAAAUGCACAUGUAGCUAUACUUAGUGAUACAUCUGUACAAGAUAUUGAUAUCAGAGUGGAAUAUUUAAUUGGUGAUACAACAGGAGUGUUGCAUGCUGGGAAAAAACAGACAUUUGGAUUUACAAAUGUUGACACAUAUAUGCCUAUCAAUAUUAUGUGCUACAGAUACAGUUUCUUAGAAAUACCAGAAAGAAUAGCUAUGAGAGAAGUAUGGGCAGAAAUAAAUGGUACAAUCAUAGGCCUGGAUGAUAUCUCAGUGGAAAAUGAAGGAGAACUAUAUAUAUGGUCAUAUGCAAACACUGAAGGCUUGCCAGAAGGAUCAUUACAAUUAACCAACAUUUCUGUUAAAGCUGGAGGAAAAUUUGAACCACUGACUGCAGAAAAGGUCAUUAAUAUCACUGUCAUUAGGGUCCUUGUCAAUGGAAAUGGCUAUGUCAGAACUAAUCACCUUGAACUCCAUGCAGUCAAUGUAACCAUUGAUCUUUCAGGUGAUUUCCAUGCUGAUUUUACUGGACAUGCUGGAGAUAUAGGACCAGGAGCAGGAUUAGCCCAGUCUAAUCAUGCUGGAGCCUCAGGGGGAGGUCAUGGUGGCAGAGGAGGGAGAUCUUAUAGAGGAUAUUAUUCUGCACUGGCCUAUGAUUCUACAUACAUACCCAUUGAGAUGGGAAGUGGAGGUGGAACUGGUUCUGAUGGAGAGGGAGGCAGAGGGGGAGGAAUAAUACACAUGUAUAUAUCUGAUGAGCUGAGAGUAGAAGGAAGACUUCACUCAAACGGAGAGACAGGAGGUGGUACCACUGGAGGGGCAGGGGCUGGAGGUAGUAUCUAUGUUGUGGUUGGACAUCUAGAUGGAGCAGGCAGUAUAGAAACAUUUGGAGGGGAAGGAAGCACAAACGGUGGUGGAGGCGGAGGUGGCAGGAUGGCCAUCUACCACAGUAAAGAAAAUCACUUCACUGGAGAAUACUUAAUCUAUGGUGGUUAUGGUCUAUCAGGGUAUGGGGGAUCAGGAACUGUCUACCUAGAGGAUCAGACUAAUUCUACACAUCCUGUACGAGAUCUGAUCAUAGACAAUUCUGGUUACACAGAAUCAGAACAAAUUGAAGAAUCAGAAACAUUGUAUUUGGCACAUCGAUCAGAUACUAGUACUGGGUACUACACAAAUAAUAACAUAUUGAUUGUGACUGAUGUCAGUGUGUAUAGAAACUGGAUAGACACAGGAUUAUCAACUGGAUACUAUUACUACUAUCAUCUACACAGGAUGACUGAUGGUAGCAGGUCAACAGGAUAUCUCAGUAGUGAUAAAACACCAACCAUCACUGUUACCUUCCCUCAUACUUUAUAUGUGGACCAUCUCAGAGUUUACCCAUGGUGUUCUAGGCAAGUUUAA